AUGAGCACAGCUACAGAUUGUCCGAUUAUGGAGGACGUUGGAGGGGGGCAGUUGUCUGGGCAGGUUGAUAAGGAGAAGGGGUUUGCUGAGGCGAUUCUCAUUCCAAAGCCGGAGACGAAGGAUCAGUUGGAGCAGUUGUUGUAUCGGUAUCGGGCAAUUGUGGGUAGUCCGGAGAAGAAUCGGUUAGAGAUUGAUGCGAUAGAGCAGGUGUUUACUGAUGUAAGUGAUCAACAGCAGAAGUAUGUGGCUCGGUUGAGUGAGUUGAGGAGUAGCAUGGUUGAGGAGCUGGAGUAUGAUUCGGAGUUGUUGAAGAAACAAAUUAUUUCGCUUCAGUUGUUGAGUAAGGACAUGGAUAUUCCACCUAGUUUGCUGGGGGAGUUGGAGGAUGUUCUACAGCAGGAGCGGAGUGAGAUGAAGCCAGUUGCUAACAUCAAGCCAAUUGAAUGGUCUUUCAACUUUAAUGAGAAUGCAGAGAAGUUUGGGUUGAAGGACAAAUUUUGUUCGAUUGGGUAUCAGAAGAGCUCUUCCAAACUGGGGGAGUAUAAGACGGAGACGACGAUAUCUGCACGGAUUGCGCAGCGGAUUCAUGAGCUGGAGACUUUGCCAUCCAACCUGGGUACUUAUUCUUUGGAUGACGCUUUAGAGUUCAUCACGAAGGAUGAUGUUCCUUCCAGUAUAGACAACUUGAAGAUCAAGGCUUUAGUAGAAUUGAAAGCCUUGAAGCUUCUAACUAAGCAGAAAUCACUAAGACAAAAACUUAUCAGCAAUGUGACAAGCCAGUCUCACCAAACUAUCCCCUAUUUGCGUGAUUCCCAAUAUACCAUGGCGGCUCAGAGAUCCAUUAACGUUCGGACAAAAGUUAUUGUUCCGCAAACAGCGCGUUUGGCUGAAGAGUUGGAAAGGCAACAGCUUUUGGAGAAGAGAAAGAGGGAGCGUAAUAUACAUAGACAAAAGGUUAGUCAGAUUGUUGAAUUCAUUCAACAAAGACAGCAAGACUUUUCCUCCCAUCGAGAACGUGCUACCCAAUUCGGUAGGAUUUGUGCAUCUUUACAUUCUCAGAUGGAAAAGGAAGAGCAGAGAAGGAUAGAGAGAACGGCUAAACAGCGUUUAGCUGCUUUAAAGUCCAACGAUGAAGAGGCUUAUAUGAAGUUGUUGGACCAAACAAAGGAUACAAGAAUCACUCAUUUGUUGAAGCAAACUAAUUCUUUCUUGGAUUCUCUAGCACAGGCCGUUAGAGUGCAGCAGCACGAAGCAAGAUUAAGAAGAGGCGAAGAAAUCCCUCCAGUAACUGACGAGGAAAGAGAGAAGAUUGAUUACUAUGAAGUUGCACAUAGAAUUAAAGAAAAGGUUACAAAGCAACCGGCUAUGUUAAUUGGCGGUACCUUGAAAGAAUACCAACUGCGCGGCUUAGAGUGGAUGGUUUCUUUGUACAACAAUCACUUGAAUGGUAUCUUAGCUGACGAAAUGGGUUUGGGUAAGACAAUCCAAUCGAUUUCUCUAAUCACUUAUUUGUACGAAGUUAAGAAUACUACUGGUCCAUUCUUGGUUAUUGUUCCUCUAUCGACGAUCACCAAUUGGACCAUGGAGUUUGAAAAGUGGGCCCCAAGCCUAAUUACGAUAGUCUAUAAAGGUACCCCAAACCAGAGAAGAUCCUUGCAGCACCAAGUGAGAAUUGGCGAUUUUGAUGUUUUAUUAACAACGUAUGAGUAUAUCAUUAAGGACCGUUCCCUUUUAGCUAAACAUGAAUGGGCUCAUAUGAUCAUUGAUGAAGGUCAUAGAAUGAAGAAUGCGCAGUCAAAGUUGUCUUAUACUCUAACUCACUACUAUAGAACGAGGCACCGACUAAUUCUAACAGGUACUCCAUUACAAAAUAACUUGCCGGAAUUAUGGGCAUUGUUGAACUUUGUACUUCCCAAGAUCUUCAAUUCUUCCAAGACAUUUGACGAAUGGUUCAACACUCCAUUUUCAAACACUGGUGGUCAAGAGAAAUUAGAACUAACAGAAGAAGAAGCCUUGUUGGUCAUUCGGAGAUUGCAUAAGGUUUUACGACCAUUUUUGCUACGUCGUUUGAAAAAGGAAGUUGAGAAGGAUUUGCCUGACAAGGUUGAAAAAGUGGUUAAGUGUAAACUUUCUGGCUUGCAGCAGCAAUUAUACCAGCAAAUGUUAAAUCAUAAUGCUUUAUUUGUUGGUGCAGGUACCGAGGGUGCAACAAAGGGUGGGAUUAAAGGUUUGAACAACAAGAUUAUGCAAUUAAGAAAGAUUUGUAACCACCCUUUUGUUUUUGACGAGGUUGAGAAUGUGGUAAAUCCAACUGGAUCAAACGGCCCUCUUCUAUACAGAGUUUCUGGUAAAUUUGAAUUAUUAGACCGUGUUUUGCCAAAGUUCAAGGCUACUGGUCAUAGGGUUUUGAUGUUCUUUCAGAUGACACAAGUCAUGACUAUCAUGGAAGAUUUCUUAAGAAUGCGGGGCUUGAAGUAUAUGAGACUGGAUGGUGGUACAAGAGCUGAGGAUCGUACAGGUAUGCUAAAGCAAUUUAAUUCUCCAAACUCAGACUACUUUUGUUUCUUAUUAUCUACGAGAGCUGGCGGGUUAGGUUUGAAUUUGCAGACUGCUGAUACGGUCAUUAUAUUCGACACUGAUUGGAAUCCCCAUCAGGAUUUACAAGCACAAGAUAGAGCUCAUAGAAUUGGUCAGAAGAAUGAAGUGCGUAUUUUGAGGUUGAUCACCACUGAUUCCGUUGAGGAGGUCAUCCUAGAGAGAGCAAUGCAGAAGUUGGACAUUGAUGGUAAGGUCAUUCAGGCUGGUAAGUUUGAUAACAAAUCAACUUCCGAGGAACAGGAAGCCUUUUUGCGUCGUUUGUUAGAGAGUGAAUCUACAAAGGAUGAUGAUGAUCAGGCAGAGUUAGAUGACCUCGAAUUAAACGAGAUUCUAGCUCGUGACGAAAGUGAGAAGGAAUUGUUUGACAAGAUGGAUCGAGAUCGGGUUGCGCGCGAACUGAAGGAAUCACGGGCCAGAGGACUUAAGAAACCAUUGCCAAGGUUAAUUUCUGUAGACGAAUUACCAGAUAUUUUUGCAGAAGAUAUUACUCGGCAUUUGCAAACAGAGCCAGUAGCUGUUGGGAGAAUAAGAGAGAGAAAGAGGGUGUACUAUGACGAUGGAUUAACUGAAGAGCAGUGGUUACAAGCAGUUGAUGAUGACGAUGAUACUCUGGAAGAUGCGAUCAAGAGAAAAAGGGAGGCACGUGAAAGAAGACAACGUAGGAAGAUGGGUCUGGAACCUGAUGAAAUGCCUGAAGGUACUCCGGAACCUGCUGCUCUUGCUGAUGCGGAGCCAGAUCAAACAGAAAAUAUUGAACCUGUGGGAACUGUUGCACCUGUCAUGAAUGGCAAACGACAGAGAAGAAAUAGGAGGUCUGCCACUGCUACCCCUAAUCCGGAGCAGCAAUCAAAGGUUGAAGAAGUUUCAAAACACGAAAAACCUGAACUGGAAGAUCCAGAACCAAAGAAGCCUAAACUCAAGGUGAAAAUAAGCCUGAACAAAUCGAACACUGAUCGAACGCCCCCACCACCUCCUCCUCCUGCUGCUCCUGCUGCUCCUGAAUCUCCCGCUGUCCCUACUCUGUCUAAAAAGAGAGGUCGGAAGUCUCAGAACUCAUCUGUUAUAUACGAUCUUCUCAAGUUUGUGGAAACCCUCAGAAAAGAAACUGACCCAGUAGAUGGCCACGUCCGGGCGGCCAUCUUCGAAAAGUUACCAUCCAAGAGGGACUACCCCGACUACUAUCAAGUCAUAUCCAACCCCAUCUCUAUUGAUACCAUCCUGAAAAAGAGUAAAAAGGGCUUUUACAACAACAUGGAUGCAGCUCGCCAAGAUUUUGAGACCAUGUUCGAAAACGCCAAAUUCUACAACCAAGAGGAUUCCUGGGUCUACAAUGAUGCUGAGGAAUUGUCCAAGUAUUUAAGUCAUUAUUUCGAAAACUACAAAAGUGGAGAUGCCUAA